UUUCCGGAAACCGCUAUCUACUGGGCUAAUAGUGGACCUCAGCUGUUAAGGACCAAACACCAGCGCUGAAUUGAGUAUCAAAUGUCACAGUUAGAACUCAGCUCCAAAGAUUUACACUAGAGUCCAGUUUGUCACUAAGCGUGUUGCUUCAGCAUCCAUCCCGUUCGCGCCUGCCUGGUGUCUGUUAGCUCCCCGGCUGCUGACAGGGAGGAUGGUUUUGUCAACAUCCCAACAAGUCGCUCUGGCGUUCACGGCCGUGCUCUUCACGUUUGUCGUCCUGCCGAGAUUAUUCGGCGUCGGUGGAGGCACAGCGGCUAAAGAAACCAAAUACGAUCCUCGUUACAACAGGAAAGGUCCCGGCCCGGGUGCAGCCAGAGGCCACCCUAUCAAUGUAAACCCCCCCGGCUCAAGCCAGAGCCACGAGAACAUGCAGCAGAUGAAGAAACGUAUGGAGCAGGAGCUGAAGAGCGACAAGUACAAGUCCAACAACAACAAGGGCUAUGUGUUUACGCUGAUGCCGCUCUACGCCAUCGGAGUGGGACUGUUUGCAGCCUACAAGUUUCUGAAGAUCAAGUCUUCAGACGACAAGACGCAAAAGGACAACAUUGCAAAAGGGGCUAAAAAGUCCGUGGAGGCAGAGCACCAGCUAAACGAGUUGGAACAAAGGCUGGCCCAAACGGAAAGGAUGCUGAACUCCAUCCUCACUCAGCUUGACCCUCUCACUAACUGUGUGAAAUCUGUGGCUCAAGAGCAGAAGAAUGAGAUCAUGUCUCAACUCCAGACCAUUCGGUACCUAAUGAAGAAGAGGGGGAUGGACUGUCCUCCUCUGAAUGUCAAAGGCGCUUCGUGCGAACGUAAUCUGGAUGAUCUCAUCGAGUCCCUCGGCGCCAGCGACUCCUCGGUAGCAGAGGACCAGCACCCCCUUGCUGAGACAGCACCAGCUGCUGAGGAAGUGUACGAGAAGCUUUCUGAUGGUAAGGAUGACACCGCGGCAGAAGGAGAAGAGAUGACCGAGCAAGGGCCAGAAGAAUCUGAUGGAAAAGCAGACAAAGAGGAUGUCAGAGCAGAAGAAGACAGUGAAGAAGAAGAUGACUCAAAGCUCCCUGCUUCUUUGGAUGAGUCAAGUGAAACAAUGAUGGAGGAAGUUGGAGCAGAGCAGCCUUUGACGAGCCUCAGGCGUCGCAACAGGCCUGAAUGAACUCACAAGGACUUCCUCUGUGUACAGAAGUUUAUUAGGAAUAUUUAUUACCAGACCGUGUGUUUGCUAGGAUGAGAUCACUAACAGUAAAUACAAAGGGCUCGGUUUUCUCCAUCCAACCACAAAGAGCAGCUGCUGGAGAGGUUAAAGGUCAUCGACUGGCUGUGGAAACAUUAUGACCUAAUGGAUACUUUACCUGAAUGGCCUCAGUUUGUAGAAACGGAUAACUUCUAACUGGGGUGGAGAGUUAUGAUUGGGCCUGAUUCAACGUUGCUGAUGUUCUAUCAGGGACUAGUUCUUGCUGGGGAGUGUGAAGCGGCUGGGAUGAGGAUCAGCAUCUCCAAAUCUGAGACCAUGGUUCCCCACCGGAAAAGGGUGGCUUGCCAACUCCGGGUCGGGAGAGAGGUCCUCCCCCAAGUGGAGGAGUUUAAGUGUCUCAGGGUCUUGUUCACGAGUGAGGGAAGGAGGGAGCGGGAGACCGACAGGCGGAUUGGUUCAGCGUCUGCAGUGAUGCGGACACUGAACCAGUCUGUUGUGGUGAAGAAGGAGCUGAGCCAGAAAGCCAGGCUCUCGAUUUACCGGUCAGUCUACUUCCCAAUCCUCACCUAUGGUCAUGAGCUUUGGGUAAUGACCAAAGAAUGAGAUCGCGGAUACAAGCGGCCAAAAUGAGUUUCCUUCGCAAGAUGGCCGGGCUCAGCCUUAGAGAUAGGGUGAGGAGCUCGGCCAUUCGGGCGGGACUCAGAGUAGAACUGCUGCUCCUCCGGAUCGAAAGGAGUCAGUUGAGGUGGUUCGGGUGUCUGGUCAGGAUGCCUCCUAGAUGCCUGCCUCCUGGUUGCCUCCCUAGGGAGGUGCUUUGGGCAUGUUCUGCCGGCAGGAGGCCCCAGGGUCGACCCAGGACCACCUAGAGGAAAUACAUCUCUAGGUUGGCCAGGGAACGCCUGGGUGUCCCAGCUGAGGAGCUGGCGUACUUGGCUGGGGAGAGGAAUACCUGGGAGGCCCUACUUGGGAUGCUGCCCCCGCGACCCGGACCCCAGAUAAGCAGAGGAAGGUGGGGUGAGGCUACAGCUAAGCUAAACCUCAGAGUUUCCAACCCUGGUUCUGGAGGUUAGCUGUUGGUUUUAAUCAGUAGUGAUUAAUGGGGUUCUUCAGAGCCUGAUGAGCUGAUGAACAGGUGACUCAAUCACACAAUCAGGCGUGUUGGAGAAGGAAAACUAAAACAUGCCUGGUCAUAGGCCAAGUUAAGUAAAAUAUCCAAAAUUCAGAAUAAAUAGGACUGAUUUUAGGUUAAAGUUUAUUUAAGCCAAUUAGAAAGUGUCUGAGAUUAGAAAAUACUUUGUGACAGAUUCCGUGUUAGCUUGACUCUUUGAUCGGAACUAAUUUUUCUCUCCAAACUGAGGCUUUUCAGUGAGCUCUCUACUGGUAAAGUUCAUCAUACAACCCCUCCUAAAACAAUCCAAAUGCUCUCUUUCUGGUUGGUCACGAGGACACCGAGCCACUCUGUGUUGUUCUUACAUCAGAGUUAAACUUUCACUCCUCUGCUGCGCCCGUUCCACAACGUUCACCUUUAUGUGUUCAUAUCUGCACGAGCUUGAUCUUCACAUCCGAACAUUUAAUGCACUUUUAUCACAGGAGGUUGUUUCUGUUGCUCUAACUCAUCAGUUGGCUGCAUUCCAAACCCGAUGGAGUUAACCUGCUGUUUAGCUUAAUAUAAAUUGUACCUCAGCUAGAAGGUCUUACUGUAAAAACGGGUCCGGGUUUUAAAAGUUUUUAUCCCAGAGAGAAUAACGCUGAAGCUUCCGGGUGUGGUUAUAAACGUGAGCCGGGGCUCGGGGCAUGCUGUUGCUGCGUCACUACUUAAACUGCAUGUUCGUUUGCACAUUAGGAGUGCAUGAAAGACAAUCAUUUUAUCAGCUAGAAACAUAAAAUCUCUGUUUAACUUAAGAGUCCCACACUAGUUACCACUUUGCCUUAUUUCCUUGUUAUUGUUCAAAUAUUUGUAAGAAGUUGAAAAAACUCAAGUUUGGGGUUUGGUUUGGUUUUGACCAGCUGUCAGAGUAACUUUCACUGUUGCCUGGACUUGAUGACACCUUGUGAAGAAUAAUUCAGCAUAAUUACAUUUUUAUCAUUGGUAAUUUUAUCUUUAUAUUAAACCAAAGCAUUAAUAUUACAUUAAUUAUGCUCACUGUGACCGAUUUAUUUAGAUGGAAAGAGUUUGGAUGUCAAACCUCGACUCUUCCCUGUUUAGUUCUGACACUUCAGAUUCAGCUCUUCAGUCUGUUACAACCCAAAUGUCUGCCUUAAUUUGUUUACAUUAACAUGUUUAUUUACCCUGUGUUGAAUGUUGUGUGUUUACUGUGGGGGCUGAGCCAACAGACUCGACUUGCCUUGAUAGAAUGAGAUGAAAUGAGAUUAAGAAGUCACAAUCCUUGUAAAUGGUACAUUUAUUUAUGUAAUCAUAAACACAGGAUAAUUAAACAGAUGUAGUUGGUAUCUGUCUUAAUUCAGCCCUAACCCUAUUAAAACAACACCCCAUAAUAAAACUUUAAGUAAAGUAUUAA